GCCUGAGCAGGCAGGCAGCCUUCCUCCCGCUCCCUCCCUCCCCGACAUCAGAUGCCUGGCUGGUUCCCACACGCAUGCUCCGAGCGGCACUUUCUCGUCGCCAGCAGCGCCCGGAGCAGCGGCGCAGGGCGAGCUGCGGCGCCUUUUCCGCACCCCGGGGCAGCGCAUGACUCCAGCAGAGUCCUCCAAGAGAGGUGCAUGGAAUAGCAUGGCAGAAGUUUCAUCUCGAGAUGGGCAGUGCUAAGCAGCCAGAGGCGUUGCAGUUGUUGAAACAAGAUGCAGUUCCAGAAGAUGUUCCCCAGCCCAGCAGCCGCUUACCUUGCAGUCAGGAGAAAGACAGCUGUCUCCAACACACCCAAUGUGACGGAGGAGAUCUCACCAUGAGGAACUGCUGUGUGAAUGACCUUGGCACCAAAGACGGCAGCCAAGAAGACACCAUGGUGGACAACCCAGACCAGAAGGAGGAGGCGCCAGCUGUAGCCACAAAGCCUUCCGUGGAAGUAGUCACUGCCACAGGUACCGUGGCUCUGAAAGAUGCAACAGCUGGAGGAACCACCUUGGAAGAGGACGGGGAACGAGCAGCCCAUCAUGACUUGCGGCACAACAGCAAGCAGGGCUCAAGCUGCAGGGAUCUUCCCAGUAGCUUAUCCAAUACCUGCAACCCUCUGGAAAGUAAAGCUGUUCCUGGAGAUGCCGGUACGCAUCUCCCGGCAGAGCCCUGCCUAAAGGGAAUCAACAAGGACCCUUCCAGUGCACCAGCCUCCCUGAAACAUGUGGCAUUUCUUGAACCAACCAAAAAAACCGCUGAGGCUGAAAGCAUCCAAGCAGGAACAGCACAUUCUGAGGGGGGUGCUGCCCUUCCCACGUGCCUGAAAAACACAAGCCAAGGACAGCCAGGUGCCUCCAAGGGAGAUAUAUCACACUUCAGCAGUGAUGUCUGUGAAGCAGCGGACCACUUGAGUGAAAGACACGGAGGUCCCCUCGCAUCAGAACCUCCCAAGGAGUCUACUCAAGACCCCUCGGCAGCUGAAGCCACAUCAGGGAAGUCAAGCAGACCAGCGACAGAAACUGACCAGUUGGGGGACCACAGCAGGGAAGUGAGGUUCCCUGCUCCGGAAGCUAACACAGCUGGGAACUCCAGUAGAGUGCCAGGAAAGCCUGUGUCUGCCGUUCCUCAUGAAGCCAAGGGCACAUCAGGUGAGUCACAAACAACCCCAGGUGAAGCCACCAAGGAGGCAGAAGGGCUCAGAGAAGUGACACCCUCUGAGUCCAAUGGUCAAAACCAUGCUCAGGAACAACAAACGCCAGAAAUGACCAGUGUGGCUGUGAGUGAGGAGCGCACAACAGACGUCGAGAAGAGGUCUGUCGAACUUCUCACCCAAACCUGCUCACUUGAGGUCACUCCCCCCCAGCACGACGCUGGGACUCAAGUUGACAAUCGUGUGUCUUUGGUGUCGGUGGCCGUCAGCCCCAUCAACCCGCCUGACGGCUCCUCGGCUUUCACUUUCCACACAAGAGGCUUGGGGGCCUCCUCUCUGAAGAGCCCCGGGCCGGAGCAGAAGCCAGCCAAGAGAGAUGCAGAGAUGCAGGUGUCCAUCCCAGUGGAGACCAGGUCCGUGGCCACGGGGCCCAUGACUCCCGUGACCAAAUCCCCCCAAGCAUCCUACCCUGAGGUGCACGUGAAAGGGGCCCAGGAGGAGGCACCCGAGCCAGUGCGGGAGGUCAGCUGGGACGAGAAGGGCAUGACAUGGGAAGUGUACGGCGCCUCCAUGGAGGUGGAGGUGCUGGGCAUGGCGAUCCAGAAGCACCUGGAGAAGCAGAUUGAAGAGCAUGGACGGCAAAUGGUGAUGACACCUCAGAGCACCCGUGCCAGCUCCAUCAAGGGGGCUCCCCCCAAGGGGGAGGUCAAGAGGCAGCCCAGCGUCUUCAGGGCACUCCUGCAGAAUGUGCGGCGGCCCCGCUGCUGCUCCCGAGGAGGACCCACUGUGGAGUGAAGGGGCCCCCUAGGGUUUUCUUAUAGCAGUUGGAACGUGCAAAUGUUACGUAGUUUCUCAGGCAAUGUGUGGGACGGUCCCUUUUGAAUCUCUCGAGUCCCCAGGGUUACGGCGCUCAACACCCCUGACGUCUCCUGGAAAUGCAGGCCUAACCCUAUAUAUGACAAGCAAAUAGCACCUUGCCCAGUUCUGAAGCACCUGACAUGUCUCAGCCAGCAGCUCUUACACUGCCACGCACGCUUGGCAGUGCUGCUUUGCAUCCUGGGACAUGUAGUCUUCACAGUGCCAAGCUCAGAUGAUUAUAUGCAGGGCUCUCAGCAACCUGUCUGUUUGGUACAGACUGGAGACGGCUCUCAGACAUUUUGAAGACAGAUGUUUGGGAAAGCCUGGUGUAGUGUUUGUGGAGAUCACUGUACUAGCAGUAUCCUAUCUUGGGUCUAGAAUGGAUUAGUAGUAGGGGCUGCCAGAUCACAGCUUUCAGAGAACAUAUGCAUAGUUCGGGAUUCCCCCCCUCCCAGUGCCAAUAGGUUAAGAAACAGUCUGAAAUCUUCACAAUUAUCUCUAGAUGUACAGUAUAUGUUUUAACUUAGGGGCAGCAGCAUGGUGGCAUUCUGAAGGUGAUUUUGGCUGAAUGAUCAUGUGUCAGGUCUUGAGAAAGCCAUCCAGUUGAACAACUUUAAACAAAAUAAGCAAGUUCGCCUAAUAUUGUUCAGUUGCAUAAUUUUACGGUGCCCACAGAACUUGAGUGUUCUUGCUGUGGAGAUUGAUCAUUUACAUUGCACAGAAU